AUGUUUAAUUUUAACAACAACUUGUCUAUAAAAUUUUUUUUAGGAUUUCGCCUUCUUUUAGGACAGUAUUGUGAAUUUAAAACUAGUAAAAUAAUUCGAGUGCUUCUUAUGUUUUAUUGCUUUGUAUUUCAUAUGCUUAUGUGUUUAGUGUUGCAAACGUACUUUGAUACAAUUAAACCCAAGGAAAUGGUAUGGUGUAUAAAAUUAUCGAAAAUACUACAGCCGGUAAAAGUUAUCGCGAAGUUAUGUUUAUCGCUAUUCUUUAAAGAAAAAUAUUUUCUUAUAUUUUAUAAGAACCUCGAAACAAUUGAUAAAAUUCUGAAAUAUAAUAAGAAAUUUGAUGUUUGCAUAACUAUUGGUAUAUUUUUUGUAAUUAUUUUUGGUCAGUUAAUUUUCCAAAUGGUUAUUAACAACCCCGUGGAUAUCACGUAUAUGUUAGAAAAAAUUGUAGAUAUAGCAAUUUUUUGAAUUCAAUAAUUAAUAUAUGAAAUGUAUUGGCAAAGGAUGAAAUAUUUACGUAUGUUUCUGCAAAGCAAGUGCGUCCUAAGUGACGAUGUUAUUAUAAAAAUAUUUCAUUUAAAGAAGUUUGUACAAUUUUAUAAACAUAUUUUAGAUAAUGUUGAUAAAGCCAAUAGAGCUAUAAAACUCAAGAUGUUUUUGGAGAUAAUAUAUAGUUUCUUAAAAGGACUAUUGGAUAUUUCCUAUGGGAUUAAAUUGUUAAUUAAAUUGGACUUAUAUCCACUUAAUGUCGUCGUUACUAUCAUACUAUUCCCUAUUUUGAAUUUAGGUUGGUAUUUAAACGGAGUAAUUUUCUUAGAUUUGGUUUAUGAUGAAUUCGAGAACAUAAAAACAAGUUUAGCAAUGGAGCAACUAAAGUGUAAAUAUAAUAGACUUCACGAAGAGAUUGAAAUAGCUUUGGAGUACUUCGAAAUUCGCCCGCCAAGGUAUUCAGUAUGGAGAAUUUUCCCCUUGAACUUUAACCUUAUAACUGAAUUUAUUAAUUAUUCCGUUACUUAUAUAGUUGUCCUACUUUCGUUUAAAUUAUCUUUAAAAUAA